CCGCGGGCUCUUUGGAGAUGCGCGUCCCGGGCCCGUGACUGAAGAAGAAAGACGCGGCUCCCCGAGACCCUUGAGCCUCAGCGGCUAGAGAGGGACCAGCAUGGGCCGUAGGCUGCACGCACCUUGCCUGCUCCUCUUCACCUGGCUCCCAGCAGGGUGCCUGUCCUUGCUGGUCACAGUUCAGCACACAGAACGCUAUGUCACCCUGUUUGCCUCCGUCACCCUCAAAUGUGACUACACCACCUCUGCUCAGCUGCAGGACGUGGUAGUGACAUGGCGCUUCAAGUCCUUCUGCAAGGACCCCAUCUUCGACUACUUCUCCGCCUCAUACCAGGCCGCUUUAUCCCUGGGCCAGGACCCUUCCAAUGACUGUAGCGACAAUCAGAGGGAAGUUCGCAUCGUGGCCCAGCGGCGGGGGCAGAGUGAGCCGGUGCUGGGGGUGGAUUACCGGCAGCGCAAGAUCACCAUCCAGAACCGAGCGGACCUUGUGAUUAAUGAAGUGAUGUGGUGGGAUCAUGGAGUAUACUAUUGCACCAUUGAGGCUCCAGGAGACACCUCAGGAGACCCGGAUAAGGAGGUGAAGCUCAUUGUCCUGCAUUGGCUGACAGUGAUCUUCAUCAUCCUUGGAGCCCUCCUUCUCCUGCUGCUGAUUGGUGUGUGCUGGUGCCAGUGCUGUCCUCAGUAUUGCUGCUGCUACAUCCGCUGCCCCUGCUGUCCUACCGUCUGUUGCUGCCCCGAGGAAGCCCUGGCCCGCCACCGCUACACGAAGCAGGUUCAGGCCCUAGGUCCUCAGAUGAUGGAAAAACCCCUGUACUGGGGGGCGGAAAGGAGCUCCCCAGUUUCAUCUUAUGCAAUGAACCCGCUGCUGCAGCGAGAUUUGUCUUUACGGUCCAGCCUUCCACAGAUGCCAAUGACCCAGACGGUUGCUCACCCUCCAGUGUCCAAUGGUGUUCUGGAAUAUUUGGAGAAAGAAUUACGGAACCUCAACCCGGGCCAGCCUCCCGAUCUCAGAACCAAAUCUGGCUACCCUUGCAGCAUGCUGUCCUCCCUAGGCUCUGCAGAGGUUGUAGAACGCAGAGUCAUCCACUUGCCCCCGCUGAUCAGAGACCCACUGUCCUCCAGGACCAGCAGCUCCUCACACCAGCAGCGGCUCAACCCUGCUUCUAGACGCUGGGAUCCGAGUGAGGGCAGAAGGCAGCGCUAUCACUCGGAUUUCCUCCAAGAGCUCCAGGAUCGGGGGAUCAGACCCUGGGUCCCAGGGAGAAGGGAGUUGGACCCCCAUUGGAGUGGGAGGCACCACCGCUCUAGGCCCCAUGAGUCCUCCAUGCCCUGGUCAGACUGGGACAGCCUGAGCGAAGGCCCCUCGUCCAGUGAGGCCCCUUGGCCCCCCAGACGUCCAGAGCCCCGGGAAGGUGCCCAGAGGCAUGGGAGACGCAGGCACCGCAGCUACUCGCCUCCCUUGCCCUCGGGCCCCAGUUCUUGGAGCUCUGAAGAGGAGAAAGAGUCACUGCCCAGGACUUGGGUUGCCCAACGCCACCACCGCCGCCAUCGCCGCCGUUCACAAUCCCCAAACUGGCCUGAGGAGAAGCCACCCAGCUACCGUUCACUGGAUGUCACCCCAGGCAAGAACAACAGGAAAAAAGGGAAUGUGGACAGGCGCUUGGAGAGAGAGAGCUCCCAUAGUGGACGGAGUGUGGUCAUUUAGUCUCCAGGCACAGUGCUGUUUCUUGGAUCCCACAUGUCCUCAGCGUUACCAAGAUUGCCAGCUGCGUUGGAAAGGCACAACACAUCUGUGUCUUACAGUUUGGGAAUAAGACUCAAAUAGAAGAGCUUUCAAAACAGGACUUUAUGGGAUUAAUAGCAAGCUCCCCCCUUGAUCAUGCCCUCUCUGUAUUACACAAUCUCUGACUUGUAAGGGACCCUAACUAGGAUGUGAUCCCCUGGGAACAUAGUGGCCCAUGUGUUCAAGUGGGUCAUGAUACUCAGGACCAAGGCAGUGUCAUAAUAACAACUCAGGAAUCUUUAAGAAGAAAUCAAACGUGUUUCAGGAACAGGAAACCUAUGGAAUAUUAUGGGUAAAUUCCCAUGGAAACUUCCUGUCCCUCUCUUGAACUUCUUGAGGGUUUUUCCACAUUGUGGUCCUGAGCAUUUCUGGGUUUCCAGUUCUACUGCCUGCAGGAGUUCUAUAGCCCUGUCCCUUUCAUGGGCUGUUUACUGUAACUCUGAACAAUCACAGGGAAGCAGUUUUGCACCAACCAUAGUCUUUUCUUUUUUUCUUGAUCCUUUCACCUACACUUAAUUUAUUUUCUUAUAUUUUAUAGUAUAAUAAUGCUAAGGUCACUUUAAGUACCUCCAAG